AUGGCCGAUACCGCCGGUACAGACAAAUCCAAGCCUUACUUCCCCCUCGCCGGCGGAGCAAACGACGGGUGGUCUAUUGAAGAUGAAGCAACGGCAACAUGUUUCUGUGGUGCUGUGCAACUUGCAUUCCCAACCCAAGGCCCUGGCCUAGUUAGUACAUUUGUCUGCCACUGCCACGACUGUCGCAAAAUCACGGCGUCGAUGUUCGCAUCUAAUUUCACUAUCGCUGAUUCUCACUUGAAACACGUCCGUGGCCGUGAAAAUUUGAAAGUCUUCAGUCAAUCCAAGACCAUCGCGACCGGAUCGACAAUGGCCAAUCACUUUUGUGGAACUUGUGGUACGCUCAUGUAUCGUGUUGGCUCGAGGUUUCCAAAAAUGAGUAUUUUGAGAAUUGGAACUGUGGAUGAUUUUCAUCUUCAUGAGACGAAGUUGAGACCCGGGGUAGAACAGUUUACGGAAGGGAGAGUGGGAUGGUUGAGAGAAUUGGAGGGAAUUAAACAGUCUGGGAAAGGAGCCUUUUAG